AUGUCGGCCAAACAAUUGACAAAAGCACUCCCCAAAGCGCUCAAGGAGGUCCGUCUUCACCUCUGCCAGACCGGUCAGGCCUCUGCAGGAGCAAGGAAGUUCCUCGAGACCAACUACCAGCCCAUCAAGUCAUCGAAUCCCGACCUCCCCUUCCUGGUCCGAGAGGCUAGCGGAACCCCCGCACGUGCCUUUGCCCGUUUCGAGCGCGGUGUCGAAAAGCACGUUGAGCUCGACGGCCUGAGCUCGGCUGACGUCGAGAAGAAGUUUGGCGAGCUGCUCGCUUCCUCCGCAUAG